AUUUCGUUCAAAAACAUAGACAUGUCCCUCGCACAGUCGGCAUCGUUCACGAACACCUCAAAUCCACUCAGAUCUACGCGUCUUCCCUCUGACGCCUAUGUCCUCUCCCUAGCCGCUCUCCCAUCUCGUUAUGCCGCUUCCGCUUCGGCACCGUCGAAUGAAAUAUAUCUUUUCGACAGUCAUUCUCUCCGUCCGGCUCAAUCUCUAUAUGGCCAUGAAGGGGGAACUACUUCUCUGCGUGCUGUCGAUGCCAUCGUUGGCACGAAUCAGCGCUCCCUGGUCUCUUCUGGAAAAGACGGUACCAUCAAAGUAUGGGAUGAUAGGGCAGGCUCGGUAGCUGUACAAAUGCGCCUCGCAGGAAGACCCCGCGCUUUGCUAUGCGCAGAUGUUUCGCCCGAUGGUAUGACUGUGGCGGCAGGAACGGGCAUGCAGAGCGAUGAAGCUUUGAUCUUGUACUGGGAUCCACGAAAUCCCGUCGCACCCCUCCGCACCCACGCCUCGACCCACUCCGACGACAUAACAGCCCUCCACUUCCUCCGUCAGUCCUCGUCCUCGUCUACGUCUUCGCCCGCGCUAUCCCACCAAAGAACCCUCCUCUCCGCGUCCUCCGACGGUCUCAUCAGCAUAUCCAACGCAGACGAAGAAGACGAAGACGAAGCCGUCAUUCAAGUCAGUAACUGGGGAUGCAGUAUAUCCCAAGUAGGCUGGUUUCACCAAAAUCGUGGACGAUCGAGAUGCGUGUGGGCGGCGAGCGAUAUGGAGACGGUUAGUACGUGGACACAUGAGUUAGACCAAAGACAGGACCUCGAUAUUCGCAGCCCUUCGGUCCAUACUGCUCAAAAUACCUGGGUAACGGAUUAUCUCGUUGGUUGCCACAUGUCCGAUAGCAGCGGAUUGGGCGUCUUCGUAGGAUCGAACGAAGGCGAUAUCGCACUCAUCCGUAAUGCAGACUACGAAGAUCGGGAGGCCUCAUGGGCACUCGAGCGUAUAUGGUCAACGGGCCACAGUGGCGUCGUCAGGUCGAUGUUGUGGGAUGAACGGCACAACGUCCUCCUCUCGGGCGGCGAAGACGCCCAAAUCCACCUCUGGUCCGCUCCUGCCAUUCCCGCUGGCUCAUCAUCCGGAGACGACAUCAAGAUGGAAGGCGAAGAGGACGGUGGGAUGGGGAGUUUGAGCCCGUCGGGGAGGAAGAGAGUCUAUGAUCAUGAAGGCGAUGUGGAGAUGGGGGAUGUAGGCAAUGAUCCGAAGAAAUUGAAGCGGGGGUAGAUCUUCAGUUGAAUGUACUUACGAUGCAAUCCUCACC